AUGUGGAGAUUUGUAUUGAAGAGUCCCAUGUUGUUCCGAGUCAGAGAUGAAUAUGUGGAACAAGUUAAAAUAUUGGAGAAAUUUUGCUUUGAUAGAAUUGAAGAGUUUGAUAGGAAAGUUUGCUAUCCAAAUCAUUUGUUUGAAGAUACAAAUGUGGAAUUGUUUGAUGACAUGACACAGGUUAGAGAAGGUGAAGAAAAUGAAGAAUAUGAACGAGAGGAGAAGAGAAUUAAAUUAGAUAGUGAAUCACGAAAGAAAGUUUACUCACUUUCAAAUUAUUUCAAUACAAUUGUUAGCAAGUACUUGAUUGGAGAGUUGGCAAAAAUGGGAAUUACAACGAUUAAUGAUUUUUUAACAAAAACAAAUAAGGAACCACUUACUAUUAGAUAUGAGGAGCUAAGAAAUAUGGUAUUGAAAUAUUUUGAAUAUAAUCCUUCAAUUUUUCCCAUUGAAGAUCAAGACAUUAAUUUGUAUUUUGUUGGAGUGGCGGCAUUAUUGGAAUAUUUCACAUCUGAGUUGAUAGAACUGGGAGGAAAUACACUAAGAGGAAUGGGAUUGGAAUUUAUUAUUCCAUCUGGUUUUGAAAUUAACGUUGUAGCAGAUGGUGAAUUGAAUAGAACAGUGUUAUUUCACAUGAGUCAUUUACCAAUUGUUGAUUUUAAUUAUUUUUAUGGAACAAAUCAAGUAGUAUUACCUCCCAUUACAGUGAAUGAGAAACCCAGUAGUGGAGAAUAUAAUUUUACUCUAAUUCCAUCUGAUUUACACUACACUAUCAUACUAAAAAAUCUCUCUUCUUUGGAAGAACUUUUGGCUAUGAGAUUGGUAUGCAAACAAUGGAAUUAUUUCAUCAUGAACGAUAGCAAUGUUUGGAAACGAUUGAUUUGUAACAAUAUGAUUUCAGAAGAUUUAUUCAGAUUCUGUGAUUCUUCCUUUACUGUUGAAGAAUUGGAAACUAUUUUGGGUAGAGGAAGAAAUCAAAUACCUCUUCAUUUCAGUCAGCAAGUGAUUAAUUACUUUUAUGAAAAGAAUGAUUGGAAAUCUCUGUAUUUCACUCUCGUACGAAGACAUUUAACAUUUAUCAGAGACUUGGACGAAAUGAAAUCAAGAGAAUUUUUUAACAAGCAUUUCCAAGUCAGCUCUUCAAUAGAGGAAUAUAAUAAUUCCAAAAAACAACUUCAAAUAGGAGUUACAACAGGUUUGCUAAAUUAUACGAAUCUUACAAAAAAUCCCUCAUCACAUGAUGAUUCUGAGAUUUACAUUCCUAGAGAUGCUAUUUCUGAAUUUAAGAAAUUGGGAAGUAAUUAUUCAUUGAUAGGGGUGGUUGACUUUACAAAAUUCUCCACCUUCAUUUCAUGCCGCUUAUUCCCAAAGAGUGGACUAUUAUAUUGCUUUGGAGAUUUCACUUCAGGUCAAGGUGAAUUUCUCUACUUUGAAAAUUAUUCUUUCGAAUCUGAUGAUGUUAUUAUAUUUGAAACUAAUGACGAUACAUUUACAGAACCAGAACCAGUGAAUCCAUUCCAGGUCUGUAAUGAACAAGUUGUGGUCAAUCAGUCAAAUUGUUGCCCACUCUUUUAUUUACAACAGGCAGAGGGAGAAUUGUCAGAGCUAGAAAAAGAUUUAUCCACUUGUUUUGUUCAUGAUUUUGGCGACAUGAUCACUGUUAAUGAAAUUAGAGUUGGUGGAAAGACAAUUUCCGAUCGAUAUGAAAUUCUCUCCCAUAUUAUUGAUCACAGAAAUGGGUGGUCACAGGAUGGGAAAAGUACCGAUGAUAUUGUUAAACAAGUUGCCUAUGAUUUUGUAAAGAUGGAAUAUGGUAUUAAUAAUCUAUUGGAUAAACCGUGGACAAGUGAAGAAAUUUCUAAAGCAACCAAGAAUGAAAAAACCAUGUCGUUUAGUCUUCUCAGUUCUGUACCUGUUGAAGAACCUGAGCCAUCAACUGCUAUCUAUCAUCCAUUGGAGAAGAGUAUUAUUGAAUAUAAUGGAGACAAAGUUGUUAGAAUUGCUUAUUGGAGUAAACGUAAGAGUGGUGAUGGACCUCGUGGAGGGCCUCCUUUUACAACAAAGUUUAUAAGAGUUAAACAUGAAUUUUAUGUAAAGAAUGGAAAGAGAGUUAAUGUUGGAGAAUCUCCUGCAACUUGCCAACAUUUUAUAUUGGCAUAA